UCUAACAUUAAAUAACGCAGUCAGGAUUCCAGAGGUGUGUAUAUGAGCUGAAGUGAUCUGCACUAGUACAAAGGUAAAAUUUGGAGUUAAGUUUCGUUUUUGCACAAGACUCACUACGGACAAAAUGGACGAGAGUCAGUUCUCUCUGAUGAGUCUGGAGGACGAGUUGACCUGCAGUAUCUGUCUGAGCACCUUUGACAGUCCGGUGACUAUCCCCUGUGGACACAACUUCUGCCAGGAAUGCCUCCUCGCCACCUGGGAGGACACCGACUACAGCUGUCCUCAAUGUCAGACCCAUUUCGACAUCAAACCGGAACUGAAGAAAAACACAGUCCUCAGCGCCGUUGUGGAAACCUUUAGAGCCAGCUCAAGCCAGAACGAAGUCGGCCUGUCCGAAGAGGAGGAGGAGGAGGAGGAGGAGGAGGGGGAAGAGGAAGAGGAAGAGGAGGAUGAGGAUGAGGAGGAAGAAGAGGAUGAAGAGGAGGAGGAGGAGGAGGAGGACAAGCCCGUAGAAGAUGAAGUCCUACGCUGUGAUACAUGUAUGGAAGCAGAAGCGUCCAAGACCUGCCUCACCUGCAUGGCAUCUUUCUGUGAGGAACACCUGCGGCCACAUCUGGAAAAUCCAAAGUUAAGUCUCCACCAGCUGAGCGAGCCUCUCCAUGACCUGAUGGAGCGCAUCUGCAAAGACCACCAUAAGAUGAUGGAGUUCUACUGCACCCAACAUGACCGCCUGAUCUGCAGCCUCUGCCUCCAAGUCCACAAAGACUGCAACUACAUAUCUCCUGAGGAGCAGAGGAACCUGAAAGAGUCUGACCUGAGAACCAAGUUGAGCCUACUGGAUGGGAAGAUCGAGAAGACUGACAAAACUAUAUUUCAAAUAAACAGCAUGGAGGGCAAACUGAAGGAAGCGGCCACCAAUAAGAAGACAGCAUUGACAGCCUUCUACCAGGCGAUGCGGGACAUGUUGACCCAAGAGGAGCGAGUGGCCCAGCACGAGGUGGACCGCGAGCUGGAGAUCGGUUUGACCAAACACAGGGACUUCCUGAAGAAGUUCACUGAGAACACUGAGAUUAUGAGAAAAGCCAAAGAUGAUAUCAACAGUCUGCUGAGUCAGUCUGAAACCCUGCCCUUUCUACAGAAUUCUUUUGAAUUACCUCGGGUCGUAAAGUGUGAGCCUCACACACCUCGAAUCAACCUGGAUACCAAGAAGGUGAUAGCGACACAGACCUUUGCUGUUGCCCUAAAGCAAUAUCUGAGGGUGCUCUUUAAACAGCCUGUUGAGGACAGACUACCACUAGUUAAAACAGGCGAGUGUGUUAGUGCAUUUGAGAACAAGCAGCUUCUGCCUCAGAAGGUGCAGGUACUGAUCCAGAGCAGCAGUCUGUGUCACUAUCCAGCACACAUGCUGCAAGACAAGCAUUUUAUAAAAUAUGACUCUCUACAAUGUGAUGAAACGUUUCCUGCUCUUGUUUCAGAAACACCACAGCCUCCACCACAGAGAAAUCCUCCCAGGUCCCAUAGUCCAGGUCGUCCACCAAUCCAGCCAUACUUCCAGCCAGCACCUGGUUUUCCUUUUAUGGGGUCACAACCAGGCUGGCAUCCACCCCGGCAUUCAAUGGCUGGGCUACACAGCUUCUUUAUGGCUCCUCCUCGCUUUAUGGGAGGCCACAGACCAAGACCAGACAAAAAGCCUCACAGUGCUCCAGGUGGAAAUAAACCAGGUACUACAGGUGGAGGUAAACCAGGUACUACAGGUGGAGGUAAAUCAGGUACUACAGGUGGAGGUAAACCAAGUACUCCAGGUGGAGGUAAACCAAGUAAUCCAGGUGGAGGUAAACCAAGUAAUCCAGGUGGAGGUAAACCAGGUCAUCCAGGUGGAAAGAAACCACAUGACAACCCCAAAAGCCACCCUCCUUCAGACAAAUCAACUAAACAGCAUCAACGGCCUCACAAAAAGAACUGAAUGCAGCAGCAUGUGUGUUUAUCUCCAGUACUUAUACACAUUGGAACAAGGCACCGUGAGACUUAUGCAUGAUACAAAUGUGGAAGUUAACAGUUAGUCACAUAAUAGGAAACCACACAGCUCUAUUGCUUAAUAAAUGUGUACACACAUACAUAGAGUUUUUGGUGCUCUUACUACUUUAAUCGUUUUUUCAGCCCAAAAAUACUCAAGUGUAAAUGAAAGGUAGAAGUGAUUCUGGAUUAAUUAAAUACCAAUCUGGCUGAUAAAUUCUCACAUUAUUUUACAAAAUUGGUAUUUAUAGGGUUUGUGUUGUGAGGUAUUUCAGUUUGUGAAGUGAUCAUUGCUUACCAUUGUAUAUCCAUCAGAUAUAGAAUGGAUGAAUGAUCUAUCCAUCAGACCAUUCUAUAAUCGGCAUCCAAUGCAUCUUGAUGCUAAUGUUAAGAGUGAUUGUGUGCAUCUGUACCUCUUUUAAAAUUAUAAUAUUAAUAUUUGUCUUUAAUGAACAGUGGUGGUUGUAUCCUGAUAUGAUCUUAAACAGUAAUUGUUUCCUAAUGUUAAGCUCUGAGUUUUUCUUUAAUUUGAUGUUCUGAGGAUAUUUUAAUAUGUAAAAAUUUGGAAUCUAACUAACAAAUUUUCAGUUUUCUUGCAACUCAGUGUUUGUUAUAUUAGUAACCUCACCCCAAAAUAAUGAGGUUAUAGUGAUGGCUUUAUUAUUAUUAUUAUUUCCAGGAGCUUAGCCGCUGUGAUUUCUGACUGUCACAGCAGCAGUUUUAAUAAUAAUAAUAAUACUAUAAGGCAUUUUAUUUAAAAGGCGUUUUGCCCUCAAGUUUCAUCAAGUGUUUAAAAUUAAACUGAAUAAAAACACAGACACAUGGUUUAUAUAUGAAAAUAUUUAUGGGAAUGUCUUCAAAUUCAAAAGACCACUUCAUUACAUUCAGUUCAAUCAAAAAUCAGCUUUUGACACUUUUGUAAACAGCUGUGUUCCAUGAUUGUUACCAAUAAAAACUCAUUUUGUUCCCGACUAUGUUUCUUUGUAUUCUCAUUUCUAUUUAGCAGAGACCAAAAAAGGGGUUCCCUCUUAUAUGUUACAUUCUUAUCAGUCUCAGGGUUCCCUUGUGUUUUUUUAGGUGUACACAUAUUUGACAGCAAAAAGGCAAGCAUUUGCAAAUGUGUAUAUAUUAAUUAAUAAAGCAUUUUGGUACAAACAGUGAAAUAUGAG